AUGGGUCCAAUGCCUUGGGCCCGAUGGGUUCAAUUUGCGUUUAGGGGAAAAGAUGGGAAGAGAGGAGUUGAUGUGAUUGGGGGAGGUGACUUUGCCAGCGAUGGUGACUAUUCCAGUGACAGUGAUUUUUUCGGUGACUUUUCCAGUGCCGGUGACUUUGCCGACAACUUUUCCGAUGCCAGAAAGAAAAUAGGCAAAUGGAAGUCAGUUAUGGGCUGUUUGGUAUCAUGUUUGCUUACUGAGGAUUGGGAAUUUAAAGCCCAACCCCUGUUUGGAAAGCUCACCCGAGAGGAAGAACAACCAAGCCUAGCCGCCUCUGCUCUUCAUCUUCUUCCUUCCAUCCACCAAUUCCUGCUAAAUCAGUUCUUGCUCGAGUUGAAAUUACAGCCUAACCUUCAAGCAGAGCAGGGGUUGGGGGCAAUGAUAUGUUUCAUUGAUAUUUAUGGUGGUUUCAACACUAUUCAGUGUAAGCCACUAAUGAUGGCAAUUUCCUUGUUUAAAGGAUACCUUAAUUUUAUCUCGGGUUUGGGGUUUCCUCCAAAUUUGGAGGCUUUUCAUCUUCUUCCUCUUCCUUUGUUUGCUACAGCUCCCAGUUUCCUCUACAUCUUCGUGCUUCCUAUAUUAUCCAUUCCCAUAGAGGUGCUUGAUUUGAUGAAUCCCCUGUUUCACCUCCGAAGAUUGAACAAUCUUCCCCACCUAAAACCCACCAUUUUCUCUGGCCGUAGUCUCCUCCAAAUCCAAGCUCAGCUCACCACCACUGGCCUCAUCUACUCUAACCCUUCUUGUCUUCUUUCACUCCUUAAUCUUACCCUUUCAUGCCCUGAAACUCUUCACUAUGCCACUGCCAUUUUCAGCCACAUCCAACAGUCAAAUGCGCCAACCUGGCCUCUUAUGGUCCGCAGGCUCGCUUUAGACACCGACCCUUUUCAGAUUUUCUCUUUGUUCAAUACUAUGCAAAGGCUGAGACGAAAUGACCCACUUGGUGAUCCUUAUGUAUAUGCUUCAUUGGUUAAAGCCUGUAAUAAGUUGUCGGCUAUCCGAGAAGGGAAAUCGAUUCAUUGUUAUGUUGUUAGACUCGGUUUAGAUUAUAAUUUGAAUAUCUUGAAUAGUUUAAUCAAUUUCUAUUCGUGUUCGAGGAACUUGAUGGGCCUUGCAUGUGUUCUGUUUGAUAGAAUUGCUGAGAAGACUAUUGUUACUGUUAAUGGUAUGAUUUCUGGGUUCGUGAAGAAUGAGUCAUUUGAUGCUGGUUUGAAUUUGUUUAAACGAAUUCUGGUGUGUCUUUUCGGUUUGGAAUUGAAGCCCAAUUAUGUUACUUUAGUAAUAUUGAUUUCUGGUUGUUUUGAGUUUCGAAGACUUGAUGUUGGAAAAACACUUCAUUCUUACUGUCAUAAAACGGGUCUGGAUUCGGUAACAGAGGCAUGUAAUGCACUCAUUGAUUUGUAUUCCAAGUUUAAGUGUAUGACUGAGGCAUCACGUUUGUUCGAAGCAAUGGUUGAUAAAGAUUUGGUUUCAUGGAAUACUAUGAUUUCUGGUUAUGCUUCGGUUGGUGAAUACAUGAGAGCUUUCAUUUUGUUUAGCGAAAUGAGAUCAAAUAAUAUUGCAUUUGAUAGGGUAUCCUUGAUUAGUUUGAUUUUGGCUUCUGGUUACGGUAAAGAAAUUGAUUUGGUCAAAAUGGUUCAUGGCUAUAUAAUAGCUAGUGGAAUAGAGAUCACUGCGCCUGUUGGAACUACUUUGAUUAACAUGUACUCAAAAUGUGGAUCAGUAGAGUUUGCUAGAAAUGUGUUUUUCCAAUUACAAGACAAAAAUAUUGCUUCUUGGAAUGCUCUGGUUCAUGCGUAUGUUGAAUGUCAUCAUGAUCAUGAAGCGUUAGAAGUCUUCAGUCAGAUCAAAUUGAGAAAGCUAAAACCAGAUGAAGUAACCAUGCUAGGAGUAAUCUUAGCUUGCCGAAACUCUGGUGAAUUGUAUCAUGGCAUUGACAUUCAUUCGUACAUUGAAUCGAGUUCUCAUCUCAAUCAGAGCAUCAUAUUACAAAAUGCUCUUAUAGAUAUGUAUGCAAAGUGCGGAAACAUGGGCCGAGCUAAGUUGGUAUUCGAUGAGAUGCCCAGGAAAGAUGUUAUAUCAUGGACUUCAGUUAUAGUAGGCUAUGCAAUCAAUGGUCAGGGAGAGGAAGCUUGUGAUGCUUUUAGGAGAAUGGAGACUGAGAACGUAAAACCAAACUCUGUCACUUUUCUUGGUGUUCUCUCUGCUUGCAAUCAUGCUGGCCUAGUUGAGGAAGGCCAAAACUUCUUUCAUUCUAUGUGCAUGUCUUACCAUAUUCAGCCAAACAUUGAGCACUGUGGAUGCAUUAUUGAUAUGCUUGCACGAUCUGGGAGGCUAGAAGAGGCAGUAAAAUUUGUAAGGAAUUUGCCCGUCGGGCCAAACGCAGUUAUUAGGAGGAUGUUAAUCAAUGCUUGUAAAGUUCAUCGUGAUUUUGAUAUAGGAUUGAGUUUGAUCAGAGGGCUAAAGACUUUUUCACACAGUCCUGAAAAUUAUGUCAUCUCUUCCAAUUUGUUAGCUGAAGCAGGAAUGUGGGAUGAUGUCCUUGAUGAAAGAAGCUUGAUGGUGAAACAAAAAGUUCUAAAGGUUGCUGCAAUAGCAAUAAUAGGGAAAGCUUGCUCAAUAACAAUGAGUCAGAACUGA